AUGGUCUGUCGGAGGCCCGACGGUCGUCGUCCCUCUCCGUCAUACCUGGCGAGUGAGUUGAUCUUCUUCCUCCUAGCGAUGGUGGGGUGCGACGGCCCAUCGCUAGUCCGACGUUCCGUCGGCCCUCUUCGUCGCACCGGGCCGAUCCCAUUGCUUUUUGGAAAAAGGCUAUAUAUUUUUACUCCGACAUUGGAUUUUGACAAAAAAGCAGGUGAUGAUGUAUACCUAGGCCCCUCCACUAAUUCAGAUGCCACUUGUCUAAAUGGUGUGUUUCGUUACAUCUCCGAUCAUGGACGUAGAGGUACACCCGUGACAUUCACAAAGUUCAAUUAUACAGGAUCAUCAGGAUCAGGAAUCCAUGUAACUGAGGAUAUUAACAUCCAAUUCGACAAUGCAUCUUUAAAACUUUGUGGUAAUAAUACAACCUGGAGAUUUGGGGACUUCGAUGUAUUUCAAGGAGCGCGAUUGUUGGAGACCGGUGGAACAAUAAUAGGUAGUUGGUUCAAGAUAGUGAAAGCAUCACAAUCGCCAAUAGGCAGAGAUAUUUACGUCUUAUUGAACUGUCCUGGUCCAUUGGUUUGUCCAUCUUGCCCUGUCGAUGAGUGUCAAUCAUUGGGUGUGGUUCUCCAAGAAGGAAAGAGGCGUUUGGCUCUCGUGAGACACCAGCCUCUUCGUGUUCAAUUCAGCAAAGUCUAGUUAACAAAGCCUGCGUUUUAGCAUGGCCAGAUCUCUAAGUGAUCCUGCAGCUACUAUAUUUUAGCAUGUUAGCUUUCUAAAUAAAUCUUUGCUAUAUUUUGGCAGUGCUUUCUAAGUAAAUUGUCUUUCCUUGUUGAGUACUCGUUGAUUAUCUGAAGUUUUUAUCUACGUAUUC